UCGGGCGUUCUUGAUGUCGUUUCUGUGAAUUCUCGCGCUGUUCGUGUGCCGCGCUUAUUUCCGUUCCGCCGAUCCGCGGCACAGUUUUGGGGCUCGGUGAAAGCGUUCGUGCGUGCAGCAAGAAAAUCCGACCAAAAAGUUCGUGAAAGUAGAAUCAGGAUGUGGUCCUCGCAGAAGUACAGAGUGUGUGUAUUGAGUGUGUGUGGAAAAAACCAUGAAGCUAGCCAAAAGCAGUAAAUCCGAAGACAAUUCCGUGGCGAACGACGACGAUUGAAGAGGUUUCUCUCAGAAAACGGGGCUUCCCGCAAGUUUAUCGUCCCCCCGGAAGUGCGUGCGUGUGCGUCGGUUUGUUUGUUGUUGUUCCGGCUGCGGUCCGCGGGGCGGCGCACCGAGCACUAUUCAGUGGAUGGGAAGAGGUCUGCUUUAAUCCACGGACCAGAAUGAAGGAGAUGGUCGGUGGAUGUUGUGUCUGUUCAGACGAUCGCGGCUGGUCGGAGAAUCCGCUAGUGUACUGCGAUGGUCAAAGUUGUGCGGUGGCCGUUCAUCAGGCGUGCUACGGAAUCGUGACGGUCCCGAGCGGGCCGUGGUUCUGCCGGAAAUGUGAAAGCCAGGAGCGGUCGGCGCGCGUCCGCUGUGAACUCUGUCCCUCCCGCGACGGCGCCCUCAAACGUACGGACAAUCAGGGAUGGGCUCACGUAGUGUGUGCCCUCUACAUUCCCGAGGUGCGCUUCGGGAACGUGACGACGAUGGAGCCCAUCAUUCUGCAGCUGAUACCGCAGGAGCGGUACAACAAGACCUGCUACAUAUGCCAGGAGCUGGGGAAAGGGUCGCGGGCGACGGCCGGAGCUUGCAUGCAGUGCAACAAAUCCGGAUGUAAACAGCAGUUUCACGUCACUUGCGCCCAGCAGCUCGGUCUGCUGUGCGAGGAGGCGGGCAACUAUCUGGACAACGUCAAGUACUGCGGCUACUGCCAACACCACUACAGCAAGCUGAAAAAGGGAGGCAACGUGAAAACGAUUCCGCCAUACAAACCCAUCAGCCACGAGGCGCACUCGAGCGAUGGUCCUUCCUCACCGGAAAAGGAGAUGGAACCUCCUGCCACCUCGCAGGGAACUGGCGGUGGUAGCAGUAGUGCGGGGGCAGUUGGAUCGACAGCAGGCGGAAGUGGUGGAAAUGCCGGAAGCAGUAAUAGCAGCAGCAGCGGCAACAGUACUGGUAGUGGCGGUAGCGGCGGAAGUGGUACUGGUGGCACAUCCAAGUCGAACAGUCGGCUGUCCAGUGAACCACCGCCUCCAAGCGCUUCGUCCACUUCUUCCUCCUCGUCAUCCUCAUCGUCGAAACAGCGCAAAUCUUCCAGCGCCUCGAAAAGCUCGAGCAGCAAUUCGAGCUCAAGCAAUGCGUCCAGCGCUUCCUCAUCCUCCUCGGUGCUAACGACGGGCAGCGCAUCGUCCUCGUCGGGAGCGACUGGUGCCGGCUCGGCAAUGUCCGGACCAUCGUCGCUUUCAUCUUCCUUUUCCUCUUCCUCCUCGGGCGUUUCUAGUUUAUCGGGUAGUGGCAGCGCUGGCAGCGGAAUGUCCACUGGUACCGGUAGCUCCGGGAGUAUCAGUAGCAGCGGAUCCAGUAAAAGCUCCAGCUCCGCCAUUUCCAGUGGAACAAGUGGGAGUGGCGGUGGCGGCGGAGGUAGUGGCGGAAGUAGCAGCAGUAGUUCUAAGGAAAAAGACAAAUACAGCAAAAGUCGCGAUAAAAGUUCAAAAUCGUCUAAAUCCUCCUCCAACAGUAGCAAUAGUAGUAGUAACAAUAGCGGAUCAGCCAGUAGCACAAGCGCAUUUACUGCUAGCACUGGUGGAAGCAGCACCGGAACUGGUGCCAGCCUAUCUAGUGCCGGUUCGAAAGACGUCGAUAUGCCGCUCGCUUCAGGAACAUCCGGUUCAGCUAUAGGACACGCCGGUUCGAGUGCUUCUUCGCAAUCGAAUCUCUCUUCUAGUGGCUAUACCUCUUCGAACGUAGGUAACAGCGGCUCUAGUAGUGGCAAACAUCACUCGGAUAAGUCGGAAAAACUGAGUGCUGGAAUUAGCAGCAAUCAAUCUGGGCCCAUUUCAUCGCUUUCCUCCUCUGUCGGUGGAUCCUCGCGAGCCACUUCACUGUCCCCGGCCGCUAUACCGACCACCUUGAUCAUUAAACCACCGCAGGACCAUCUCAGUGCUGGUAGUGGGAAAGAGUCGCUGUCGAAGGAAGCGAUCGCCAAAUUUUCUUCCUCAAACUUUACCGAAACGAUCGUCGUAAACUCAACCGACGGUGUGUAUGGCCACGGCGGAUCGAUGGCCGGCAGUUCGACGUCUUCGUCGUCGUCUGUGAUUGAGGGUGGUAAAAUGAGCCUGGGAUCCGGUGGGGCUUCAUAUUCGGGAAGCUCGAGCAGCUCGGGAGCAAGUGGAUCUGCAGGAAGCGGUGCUGGCGGAGGUAAUAGUGGAAGCAGCAGUGGAGGACCAGGCAAAAAGCGGAAAGCAGAUGCACGAUCCACUCCAACGGCUUCCACCGGGAGCAACGAAAUGGAUAACAAUCGGGACCUGAUUAAAGACGUGGCGGUAUCGCUAGUGCCAUUAGCUUUGAACAAACACGAUCAUGUAGACCAUGCACCGAUGCCAGCUCACGAAAAGGGAAGCAAAAAGGCAAAAACGGAAAGCAGUAGCAACAGUAGUAGCAGCAGUAACAACAAUAGCACCACCGCAUCCUUGCAGCAACAUUCGGUGACCGCUGGUGGCAAUAGCACCGGUGCCGGCAGCACCACCGAACCGAAUCUGCAAAAUGUCAACCCGAAUCUGCUGCAAUCUUCAGCCAUUAUCUCCUCUUCGUCGUCGGCAGCGUCUUCAUCCACCGCUUCUGCUAAAAAUCAGCAGCAACACCAUCAUCAUCAUCAGCACCAAACACCACACUCACCUCAGCUGCAGACGACGACGACGGCGACAACAACGGCAACGGGUGGGUCAGCUGGUGGUUCUGGGCCUGCCGGCGGGUCCGUCGGACAGCAGGGCACCGCUGCACCGAGCCUAGUCGUUUCGGUUCCUCUCUCAACAGCUACCGUACCUGGAGUUAAUCUACCCGCUAGUAGUAAUGGUGGCCACAGUAACACCAGCGGCAAUAUCACCACCACAAGCGUUGCAAACUCCGCUACCCUAGGAGCAGCAGUGGGCACACCGAUAAUCGUAUCGCCGGGUCAGCACGGUAUCUCCGGCAGCAGCAAUAGCAACAACAGCAGCAGCAUCCACGGCAGCAGUAGCGGCAACAGUGCCACCGCCAAUGCCAAUCUGUUUCAGCAGCUUUCGCAUCGGGCCACCGGUGAUCAGCUGAUGAAUGCCAGCGCGAAUCGGUCUAGUCCCGUCAUACAGCAUCAGUCGACUGCACCACAGCACCACCACCACAUCAUCCAAUCGUCCUCAUCGUCGUCGCCUGCUUCAACGACAGCUUCAACAACAGCGAUCAGCGGUCACCAUCAUCACCAUCACCACCAACAGCAGCAGCAGCAGCAGCACGAGCGACAAUCUCCCUCGAUGCGACCAUCAUCCGGUGGCAACAGUACCAACGUUGGAACUGGAGGAGGAUCGACGGCAGCUAUUACCGGCGGUAAUGUUAUUACCUCGAUCCAUCAUCAACACCAGGCGGACCUGCUAUCGGCUGGCGGAUCGGUGCUGCAAAGUAUAUCGCCCGUUCCGAUGAGCACCAUCCAGCGAACGUCUUCACCUUCGUCACACAUUACCGGGGCCGGUGGAGACACCAGUGGUGGCGGGUUAAAGAUCAGCUACGAGAAACAAACACCGAGCAACGCGAGGAUAGUCGCACUACAGGAAGAGGAGUCCGGUUCCGGGCGGCGAUCCAGAUCGCACUCACGCGAGCACGGCGGUGGCACUGGAAGCACUACCACCGGCACAAGCAGUGGCAAGACUCGCACCUCAAAAAAGCGUUCACAACAGCAACAAAAGCAGCAGCAGCAACAUAAUCAGGAUCGUGGAUCGCCGUCAGCUAUGGCGCAAGGCUCUCUGAAUCGUGGUCCAUCGACACCACCAUCGUCGGAACAGUAUCGACAACAGUAUGAAACAAGCAACGAUGAACUACAGCAGCAUCACCAUCACCAUCAGCAACAUCAUUCGUAUCUAUCGACCGGUGGUGGCAGUAAUGCUCCUGCAGGCGGUGGUAACAAUGCUAGCAACAAUGGCAGCAUACUAUCGAUGGCUGCCGGGACCGGUGGUUCUACAAACACUUCCGUCGUGGUCGGUCAUUCUCAGCAACCACUACAGCAGCAUCAUCAGCAGCAACAGCUGCAACAACAACAGACACAUCAACAGCGUCAUCAUCAUGUACAUCAUCAACAACAGCAGCAUCUGCAUCAUCAAGGGCCGUUAGGAGAGAAACCGCAUUCAUCGGGAGCUUCGGCUACUUUAUUGCCAUUUGGCUCAGGUGGCGGUGGUAAUGCUGGACCUUACACCGCUCACUCCCAGUCCAAUUCGACGAUCGCUAGUAGUAGUGCGAGUGUUUCUUCUGCUUCUUCAUUCUCGAACAGCAUCGCUAGCGUCUCCUCGGCGCAUUCUGCAUCUAUUGCUUCCGCUUCUGCCAACGCUACUAUCCCGGCAGUUACCGAGAACCAUCGAAACGUGAUCGAAAUGGCGGGCCAUGCCGGUACUGCCGGCAGCACAAGCAGCUAUCAUGGUGGCGUUGGUGAUGGUGGUGGCAUCAUUUCAAGCUUUUCUCAUCCACUCAAUCACUCGAGUAGCAACAGUAACAUUGCAAAUGCUUCCUCGGCAAGCAAUAGUAAAUCUUCUAGCAGCGGUAGCACCACCAGCAUUAACAGCAGCAGCAACAACACUGGUAGUAAUGUUGAUACUUUUCAGCAACAAGCACAUCCUCCGCACCACCAUAACCCACAAUCGCAUCAUCACCAGCAGUAUCAGGGAACCGUGACAGGGCAAACGGUUCUUGCUAGCGGCAGCAGCAGCAGCAACAACAGCAGCAACAAUAUGGGUGCCAGAAACAGUGCCAACAAGAGUAGCAUUAGCAAUAGUAACAACAGUAGCAAUAAUAAUAAUAAUAACAACAGUAGCCCCAGCACUACGGCCACGGUCAGUGGUAUCAAUAGCGCUACUACCAGUAGCACCAACGGCAACAGCAUCAGUAACAACAGCAACAACAACAACAACAGCCAUAGUAUAUCUAACAAUAGCACCGUAACGACGGUUACGCACACGAAUAAGAAGCACCGCGCAGCGGCGGCGGCUGCGGCGGCAGCGGCAGCAGCAGCUGCUGCAGCAUCGGUGUCAGCAUCGACCUCUACUUCGUCCUCGGUUUCGUCAGCAUCGUCAUCAUCAUCCUCAUCAUCACACCAACCAAAUGUUGAACUUUCGACGCCAUCUUCUUCCAGAACGCCAGAAAUGAAUGCAGGCAGUGGAGGAUCAUCGGCAUACGGUACACUACUGCAUCCGUCAUCUCACUCGCCAUACGCUUCGUCCGUUUCGACCAACUCCGUCUAUCAAUCGUCUCAGCCCCCAGUUAGUAGCGGUGGAGGUGGUGGGUUGAAGUUUUCCUACGAAGCCCAGCCAACGAAUCCAAUGAUGUCAUCACUCGCGCUGACGGGCAGUAGUACACUCGCACCACCAACAUCCAACAUUGGCCACAGCAGCAGCAGCAGCACAGCAACGGUAAUCGCUGCCCCACCUUCUUCCUCGUCAUCGCUGAUGGUUGUACCACCGCUAAAAGAUUCACCACCGAGCUCGCCGGGAUCGGACACUGGCACGAUUGGUGGGACGGUGGCAGCCACCGUUUCCAAUGUCAAUGCAGGCCGAGGGACGAAACGGAAUCGAAAGAUGUCGAGCGCACCGAACACGGGUGCGCACGCUGCUACGACACCACAACCACCGGUUUCGGCGGUUGCUGCGAUCGUACCCGGUAUCGUUGCCGGUGUGCCGGGUGGGCCGGCGGUCGAUGCGAAAGAAGGCAAAUUGUUCCAGAACGGUUCAAUCGGAGCGAGCAGCAACAUUGUAUCGGCAACGCACAUGCUUGGCAAUCAGUUGAACACGAGCAGUAGCGUAGCGCAGAAGAUGUCCGAUCAGCUAUCAAUGGAACUGGAAGUUCAUACUUACGUGCCGCCACCAGCGUUGGAUCCAGGAACGGGUAUGAUGGGACCGCAGUUUCCUGGCAAGAAUCGAACACACAGUGCCCAACCACCGCCUCCCAGUAGCGGUGGCACAUCGCUUAGUUCGAUGCUCAGCGGAGGAGGAACGGCGACAGCGAAUGGCAACACACCGCAAAGCUUGGAGCAGCUGCUCGAACGGCAAUGGGAACAAGGAUCUCAGUUUCUAAUGGAACAAGCGCAACACUUUGACAUUGCUUCGCUGCUGUCCUGUCUCCAUCAACUGCGUAGUGAGAAUAUACGGCUCGAGGAGCACGUGAACAAUUUGGUAGCCCGGCGAGAUCACCUGCUGGCAGUGAAUGCACGAUUAGCCAUACCCCUCAAUCCAGCGGCCGCGUUGGGUGGAGUUGGAAUCUUGGGUGCCACCGGAGCAGGAGGACCCGGGGGUGCUGGUGGCGCUGGAUCAGCAGGACAAUUCAACAACAGCAUUCACGGGAAUGGUCCCAUAAUCGAUGGAGGAGGAGGAGGAGUAGGAGUCGCCUCGAACAGCGCGACUAUCUCAAGCCGCUCGGUACGGUCCAAUCAAUCGGCAACCCAACAACAGCAGCAUCAGGCUCACUUUGGUGGAGCCGGAAGUAAUCCACCGGGUGCUGGGGGUAGUGGUUCUCAACCGAUGGAAAAUGGAAUCGACUUCCGGCACACCAACUCGUCGCACCCUCCGACCGCGCCCAACAGCGCCUCGAUAAGUGAAAAACCGAACACGAUCUAUGUAAACUUUUGAGAUCCUGAUUAGCUUGUUAAGAACACAUCCGUACACUAACCCCUGCCAUGGCCUCCAGCUCCGCGGAACACUACUUAAACUGGGAGAUCUACGUGAAGAGUGGGUGGGCAGCAGAGAAGGUGCAAAUAGCAAAUCAGACCGUAGAUUCUAUGACGAAAAGAAUGUGACGUGCAAUUACCGUUUAAGCUUAACGAGCCCUCCUUGACCCUGCGGGUUGGUGGCUUGUUUCUUCUCCUCGCUUUGCUGGAGACAAGAGGCAGGCAGCUGCUCAGUUAGACAUUAAGAGCGACAGGGUAGGUGGAGUGUAUUGAUCGCACCAGGUAGCAGCAUCAAUUAGGUAGACAGAAGGGCAGUAAUCGAGUAAACGUGUGGUGUACGCCCCAUCCUCGACAAUGUGUGUGAGGGACAGAGUCAGGGGAGGAGGCGAUAGUUAAAAUAAGUUCGCAAGUAAGUAAUUAAGGAAGUAAGAGCAGAUAAGUAUUUCUUAAUGUAGCGCAAAUAUUCAAACCCUGUUGUUUUGGGUGCCCCUUCACUGGCUGACAUGCUGGCUUUUACCCGGACUUUGCUUUAGCGAAGAAUUUCGGAGCGGGCUUUUGGGACGGUACACACACACAUGCGCGCCCAAACCCUCUAAUGGAGCGUUGUGCGUUCUUAGUGACGAUGUAGGCAUGAACGAGAGCAUAUGGCUCUUAUUUCUCUGUGUGAAACAUUAUUUAUAUUUUUUUAAAUCUUUUUUGUCGCCAAUUUCCCCCCGACUCCUCUCAGCUAUACUAUAAACUCCGCCUAGAGCUUGACUGCGAAGUGCGCAGCCGUGUUUGUGGGCGCGGUGUUGUGUGUGCAUUGUGACGGCUAAGCUAGUGGCGUUAGUGGUUUUUUUUUAAUGGUAAUUAUGAUACCAACAUUAUUCUCUAUUCGUAAUAAUGUUUUAAUGGUCUGAUUUAACAGCUAUUAAUGAACGGUUCCGUUUGUUCCUUUACGUUUUCAUCCCGCCCUUUCGGGCACAUCGAGCUAUCUACCACUAUCCCCCAGGAAUCGACGUACACCGUAUUUAUGUGUUGUUGUAUGUUUUUCUUUUCUUAGCAAAGCAUAAAAAGAAACAUUAUGAUAUGAAUUAUGGAUAUAUUGUUAGUGAAGGUAAUAAAUGAUGUGCGGAGAAAUAUUGAACAAGACAAAGUUUAGCUAAAAUUAUAAUAAUGAUCGAGGGACAGAGCAGAGAAGCAGAGAGGAGAAUAGGCAACCCGAGCAAGCGACCCCUAAACGGAUACUGGUCUCGUUAUGGACUCUAUCUGGCAAGUGGAUUUCAUUCGCUUCUGUAUACCUCUCCGGGAGACGGUAUUCCUGGUGCGAUCUAUAGAGUCUUUAGAUCUCCGUUCGUUGCCAUUUGCGAAGCCUAUGUGCAGUAUCCAGGUUAUCGCUUCCUGUAUCGCUUCACAUGGCUAGGAAAAGGUGAUGGAAACGGCUCAAUUGGGUUUUUGAGAAAAGAGAGAGAGAGAGACAAUUGAAGACGAAGGGAAGAGAGUAAAAAAAUGAAUAAACAACAAAUAUAUGUAUACAGUUUUUGUAACACACCCAAA